AUGGACAAGUCAAUCUGGCAAGACCUCGCAGAAGACUCUGAGCCUAGCGAUGAUUACUGCUAUCUGAAAGAUGAAGAACCUGAUGAAUCUCGUUACCUACAUCUAAUCAAUGCAGUCCUCAGCGGAACUGCUAGGCUUAACAUUCUCUUGCCCACUGCUACAAUCCUUGCCUUCACCAUUUUCGCUCCUCUUCUAACCAACGAUGGCAUAUGCACUACCUUGAAUCGCUGGCUGAUGGGUGCCUUAUGGGCCCUUCUGGCUGCCUCCUGUGUCUUUUUCACGUUCACUGAUAGCUUUCGCACAUCAACUGGCAGGCUGUAUUAUGGUUUGGCAACAUUUAGAGGGAUAUGGACCUUCAAUGGAGGCAGGAAGAAACCAUGCGUGCCGUCGGAUUAUAGGCUGAGGUGGGCCGAUCUCUUUCACGCAUCACUUUCUUUGAUUGCGUUUCUUGCUUUUGCUGGGUCACAUGGUGAUGUUGUGGGGUGUUACUAUCCAGCAAUGCCUAGGAAAGUGAUCAACACUGUUCCUCUUGUAAUUGGUUUUGUGAUUAGUAUCUUGUUUGUUUUGUUUCCUUCCAAAAGAAGAGGGAUUGGGUACCCUUUCUUGCUACAGAGGGAAGCGUUCUAUUCUAGAUGCUAG